GCGCCCGUGCCUGCCAUGUCGUCGUCAGCAGCCCGCGCGCUCUCGCCAGCGCCGGCGACGCCGCCCCCGCCCCCUUCGCCGCGCCGCGUGCGGCCGGCCAGGUGCGCGGGGUUCGUGGGCCCGGCGGUGGAGUCGGCGUCCCCGGGCGCGAGGGCGGCGACGCUCGCGAGCAGCCGCGGCGGGACCGACUCGUCACUGGCCAUCUGCCGGGUGCUCAACGGCAUGUGGCAGACCAGCGGCGGGUGGGGCCGCAUCGACCGCGCCGACGCCGUCGACGCCAUGCUCGCCUACGCCGACGCCGGCCUCUCCACCUUCGACAUGGCCGACCACUAUGGACCGGCGGAGGAUUUAUACGGCAUGUUCAUCAACAAAGUCCGGCGCGAGCGCCCGCCGGAGAUGCUAGAAGAAGUCAGGGGGCUUACAAAGUGGGUGCCGCCGCCGGUUAAGAUGACAAGAAGCUUUGUUGAGGAGAACAUCAACAGGUCCCGGAAGAGGAUGGACGUCGCUGCCUUGGACAUGCUGCAGUUCCAUUGGUGGGACUAUGCAAAUCCUGGAUAUCUAGAUGCACUAAAGCACAUCACUGACCUGAAGGAGGAAGGCAAGAUAAAGACUGUAGCUCUGACAAACUUCGACACAGAGAGGCUGCAAAUAAUUCUAGAAAAUGGAAUACCUAUUGUCAGCAACCAGGUUCAACAUUCUAUUGUGGAUAUGCGCCCGCAGAAAAAGAUGGCGGAGCUUUGCGACCUUACCGGAGUCAAGCUUAUCACGUAUGGCACGGUGAUGGGCGGCCUCUUGUCCGAGAAGUUCCUCGACACCAACAUCAACAUACCUUUCGCCGGACCUCCUCUGAACACCCCAUCCCUGCAGAAAUAUAAGAGGAUGAUCGACGCUUGGGGUGGCUGGAGCCUGUUCCAGGCCCUGCUCCAGACCUUGAAGAAGGUGUCGCUGAAACACGGCGUCCCCAUCUCGACCGUCGCCGUAAGAUACAUACUGAACCAGACAUCGGUGGCGGGGUCGAUGGUGGGCGUGAGGCUGGGUCUCUCGGAGCACAUCAGGGACAGCAACGCCAUUCUGUCGCUGCUGCUGGACGAGGAGGACAUGGGCAGCAUCACCGAGGCGUCGCAGCGGGGCCGGAACCUGAUGGAGGUCAUCGGCGACUGCGGCGACGAGUACAGAGCCUAGUGAUCUUCACAUGGCCGGGGAUCGAGUCUCGAUCCUCGAUCCCCCCAGCAUGUGCUCCCACGACGAUAAAUACAUAUCACCUUAACAAAUGAGUGACAAUCAUGGAGAGGAAAGAUUGAGAGGCAUGGAGACAGAUAGACAGAGAGACAGAGGGACAAGGAGGAUCAUGUGCUCCACCGAAAGCACCGGCGAAUGUGGUGGUGGUGGACAGAUCUCCCUGGCCAACAGGGAGCAUAUCCCGGCCUUGGAGACCGAUCUAAUCAUGGCAUAUGAUAUUGUAUUUUAAGUGUAGUAGUACAAAAUUCAUGGAAUCAUCGUGCUGAUGGUGAUGCUUGCCGUGCAAAUUGUUAUUAGUUGCUCCCCUGUUUGGGAAUAUAUGAGGAUCUGGACAGCAAAGACAGUGUCUAAAAUACUAUACAAUAUAUGCACAAACACCAUGACAGGUACCUUGAAAAAUUGUAGUAUGAAAUUUGACCAUUGUUGUUU